AUGAAUCAGAACGAAGCAACAGAUGAUUCAGUGCCGACAGUUCGAUUUAUGAAUAUCGAAGACUUGGUCAGAGAAAAGCAUUCCCAGCAAGGAGAUGCAUUGCGCCUAACAAACGUAUCUCUCGCGGAUUUCAACCAGAUAGACGAAGAGUACGAGUGGAACAAGAUCCGCAUAUCUCAGUAUGUCGAGUCCUCCCAUUGUAUGCUGGUGUCCAUCCCCACAACUGCCCACGAAGUGCUUCACCUGGGGCUAGAGAGCGCGAUUAUCAUUCGACUCCAUCAGAUAGGCCUGGAUAACGACUGGGGUCUCACAGGGGCAGUAACCUGUUACAGCCAGGGGUUUCGUUCCGGUGGUGGCAACGGUAGCGCAGGAUCCGCAGACUCGUCGAUGAUGCCGUUUAGAAAGGGGCAAUAUAUAGGUUUCCCUACACUCAUGAUUGAAGCUGGAUGCUCCUGGUCUUUGGCCAGCAUGCGGGCAAAGGCCAAAUGGUGGUUUCAGGUCUCGAAUCACACUGUCAAGACGGUUCUUUUGGCAAAGCUCGACGAGAGUCGGCUUACCAUCUUCCUGGAGAGGUGGGAGGAGAGACAGCAGGAGCGAGCUGGUGAUGGAGAGGUGGAAUGGGUGGCGGCUUGUCAACAGACUAUUACCAUUUCUGAUACUGGUUCGAAGCCACCAGUUUAUCAAGUGACAGGUGGUGAUUUGAUGUUGAAUCUCAAACUGCUGCUUCUGGACAGUUCGCUCCAGGAGGAGGAAUACGCUGCUGUGACUAUAGACGAUUUUCAACUCUAUGCUGAACGAGUGUUUGAAUAUGCGCUAGGGCGACAUGCUGUAUCGAGAUGA